AUGACAGAACUUAGGCCGAUCCCAUUAUGUAAUGUUGUGUAUAAGAUAAUUGCUAAAGUUCUGACAAAAAGAUUGAAGAAUGUGAUGGACCGGGGUGUGGAGGGCGAUAAGGGUCGAAUGGCGGUCAAAUUAGAUAUGGCAAAAGCAUAUGAUCGAGUGGAAUGGAGUUUUCUGAUUGAGAAGCUCUAUCAGCUUAUAUACGAAAAAAUGAAAUGGAAGGACAAAUUAGUGGGGUGCGGGUGGCGCUUGGAGCAAAUGCCAAAUCUCAUUUGUUUUUUUGCAGAUGAUUCGGUGGUGUUUUGCAAAGCGGAUGAGAUGGAGGCAAGGAAUGUAAUAAGGAUAUUGGAGAAGUAUGGUCAGGAAUCUGGUCAAAUCAUUAACUUGGAGAAAAGUUCUAUUUUCUUUGGGAAGGGUUGUUUGAUGAAGAAUAAAAAGCGUAUUGUGUCGAGAUUGAAUAUUCAAGCAAGAGAUGGCUUUGGAAAAUAUUUGGGAAUCCAGGCGGAUUUUGGACAUUAG